UCAGUCCACUCCGUUCAGCGCGGAUACCGCAGCGGCGCACCUGAACUGAAUAAUGAAUUAUAUAGAUACGCAGCGAGGUAAGUGGUUCAUGUUCACGGGUUCCACAUAACACGAUGUUCCGUGGAGAGUCGCAAUACGGCAAUACAAGAGCACAAAGAGCACGCUUGACGUGUCUUGCCACACACACACAUACACGUCCUGCCGGGCCAGGCAAGCCGGAUGCGAAGCGAAGCCAAAGUGCCACAGCAUAAUAAUGUAUGGAUGUCCCCAUCGAAAGUGCGUAUGGCGUCUUCUUUGCAUCGCAUCCUCUCGUUUCGCCAGAAAGCCAGACGCCAGACGCAGCAGCAUACGACGUCCAAAAGACCGGUUCGGGUUCUGACAUAUGUGGUGGGACAUAGACUUUUUUUCUAUGUCUGUUCUCCAUUAAUUACCACUGUUGAAAGUUUGUGCGACGAAUUUCGCGUGUGUAUGUAUGUAUGUGCGUGUGCGUGUCUUGGACUCUUGGUGGUGGUAGCGGUGGAGCCAAAAGGGGUCUUCGCUUUCGAUAGUGACUUCGCUGCAGAGCCAGCCCCAGCAGCACACCGUACGGUACGGUAUAAUAACAGCGAGGAGGAGACGAGACUUUUCAGUGGGAGAAUCCAUACAAUAGUUAUCCCACUUCCGUAACGGGUAUAGAGGCAGCAAGCUGACAUGCAUCUCAAGGGUU